AUGGAAAUCGCUGCAUGUCCAAAAGUUCUUCUUGAUGAGCCAACAUCUGGUUUAGAUACAGUAUCAUGUGAUGAUUUAUUCGAUUUAUUACAAUUAAUUAAACAUAAUUUAGCUGGACUGGUCACUAUUAUUAUGGUUAUUCAUCAACCUAGUCAAGAAUUAUUUGAAAAAAUCGAUGAUAUCUUCUUUCUAACGUCAUUAUGUUGUUUAGCUUAUCAAGGUCCACGUGAAAAAGCAAAAGACUAUUUGAAACAAAUAAUAUUUGCAUCUAAACCACAAGAAUGUCCUCCAUCACCACAUAACGAUUGUACAUGUGAUAUUCAAGUAUUACCAACAAUUGAUUUUCUUAUGAGUCUUUCUUUUGGCAUUUUAACAUGUAUAUCAAGUCAACGUUUAUUUGGUGUUGAAAUAACGGAUGAUACAUUUGAACGAGAAAGUCGUAAUUAUUUUCAUCCAUUUCAAUAUUGGUUGGCUAAAAGUUUAGUUGAUAUAUUUCGAAUGAUUUUAUAUCCAUUACUUUUUCUUAGUAUGCUUUAUAUUGAAAUUGUACCACGUGGUCCAUGUUCAUAUUAUCUCGGUGUAAUGAUUCUUCUUUCAUUUGUUUGUUCUGGUAUUGGACAAUUAACUUUGGUAAUUUUCAGACGCACUGAAUAUGCUUAUCUUGGUGGUACAAUCGUGGCUCUUUUAUCUUGUCUUCUAUCAGGUUUUAGUCCAACAAAAAGUGAUCUUGGCCGUGGAAAAUUCAUUGUUUUUCUUUCCUUUUCACGUCAUGUUCAAAGUUUAUUGUUUAGUCAUGAAAAAAACCUUUAUUUACAAACAAAUUCGAAUGAAACACAUAUAUGGUCAAGUUCGAUAGAAAGACUGAAGGAUCAUUAUUCAUUUGGUGAUCAAGAAAUUCCAUACUUUUUUUUGAUCUUUCUUGGCUUUCUCUUACGUGGACUUACUUUUCUCUGUCUAUACGCAAAAUCAGAAUAUAGAUCAGAAAGACGUUUUCGUCUAAUGCAUAUUGGUCCUACUCUGAAAAGUUUAUUUACUUGUCAAACAUGCCGACGAUGA